AUGUUCGGGCCGGCUUAUCCAGUGACGCCGACGGCGUGCAUGAGCCACCUUUACUUCCUCAACAGUCUCAGCAAUUUUGUGCACAGCACAUUCCACGGAAACAACAACAACAACAACAACAACCAUCACCUACUCAACAACAACAACCACCACCACCUCCACCACCAUGGCAGCGAAAAGGGCGGCUUCGAAGGCACCAUUGGAUCCGCCUCACCCUCAGUCUCCCCCCGCACCUUCUGCACGGCGUCCCCAACGGCGUCCGACGUGUCGUCCUCGCCGGCGCCCGAGGCACUUCCGUUCUCAAUCGACAACAUCCUCCGACCCGACUUUGGCCGCCAACAACAGCAACAACAACAUCAUCAUCAUCAUCAUCCCCACAGCAAAAACAACAAUGCUUUGUUCCCGUUCGCGAGGUCCCCGCUGGAAAGUCUAUUUCGCACUGCUCAGCUGCCAUUUUUGCGGGAUGAGCUGGACGAUGAAGAGGAGGAGAUUGACGAUGUUGAGGCGGGACUCGAUGAGCGAGUGAAGAUCAAGAAAGAACGGGAGGAUGACGGGAUGAUCAUGAAUAAACUGCAGAAUAAUAACAACAACAACAAUAAUAAUAAGACUAGAGAGAAGGAGGACUUUGAAGAGAAGUUGUUGCCGAAUCCGGAUGACAAGAAACCGGAACUAAUUCCCGCAUGGGUUUUUUGCACCCGAUACUCAGACCGACCAUCUUCAGGUCCGAGAUCACGCAGAGUGCGACGAAGCAGCAAGAGCAAGAAAGAUGACAAGCGACCUCGAACGGCUUUCAGCUCAGAGCAAUUAAGCCGCCUUAAAACGGAGUUUGAGCAGAACCGCUACUUAACAGAGAAACGCCGCCAGGACCUGGCCCAGGAACUGCAGCUCAAUGAGGCUCAAAUCAAGAUCUGGUUCCAGAAUAAGAGAGCAAAGUUGAAGAAGAGCACUGGUCAAAAGGGAUCUCUGGCAUUACAGCUCAUGGCCCAGGGCUUGUACAACCACUCCACGAUCCCAAUCGACGAUGACGAAGACGAAGAGGCCAUCUUGGCCAAAUAUGCCAACCACGCUGCUCAGCAACAGCAGCUGCAAUAG